UAUGGCCGUUCUCCCAAUUUCAUGUUGUAGGUCAAGAACUAAAGUGUCAGAAGUUGUCUUAUUUAUUUAAAGUUCGACGUGUUUCGUUGUGCAUCAAUUUGUAAUCGACGGUCAUUGGGAAACAUCAUUAAAGUUUAACAGAAAUAUCCGGAGACACCCAAAUCCUUUUUCGCAGGUGAUAGUGUUUGUCUAAAACUUGCUAAGCAAAUUAGCACUUGUUGUGCUUGUGACAAUUACCUUUCUUUGAUUAACGAAAUUAGUGCUAGCAGGGCUUUUGUGUGUUGCUGGAGUAUGCCCAAUUUUAGUCCAGAAGGUCAAUAUAUGAAAACAAAUGGGGCGAUCAAUCCCGAACGGGUAGUCAUCUUAGAUGCCGGCGCACAAUAUGGAAAAGUUAUAGAUCGGCGGAUUAGAGAGCUGUCCGUAGAGUCCGACAUAUUACCGUUAGACACACCCGCGUUUAAUAUUAAGGAAGGCGGUUAUAGAGCAAUAAUUAUAUCCGGGGGACCGAACUCUGUGUAUGCGGCCGAUGCGCCUCGAUAUGACGCCGAUAUAUUUAGAAUAGGCUUGCCAGUUUUAGGAAUAUGUUAUGGUAUGCAAAUACUGAAUAAGGAAUUCGGUGGCACAGUUUUAAGAAAAGAUGGAAGAGAAGACGGUCAAUUCCCUAUUGAAGUGGAUCCAAAAUGUUUACUUUUUAAAGGAUUGGAUAAACUUCAAACAGUUCUUUUAACACACGGUGAUUCAAUUGACAAAAUAGCCGAUAGUUUUAGAUCAAUCGCGCAAAGCAGUUCGUUCUGCGCGGGAAUAUACAAUGAGAAGCUUCACCUGUACGGGGUACAGUUCCAUCCCGAAGUCGAUCUCACUUUAAAUGGCAAAACGAUGCUAAAAAAUUUUUUAUUCGACAUAGUCGGACUGACGGGCAAUUACACGAUGCAGGGACGCGAGUUGGAGUGCAUUAGAUACAUUAAGGAGAGUGUAGGAUCGAAUAAAGUACUUCUGCUGGUUAGCGGCGGCGUCGAUAGUACGGUGUGCGCUGCGCUUUUGCACAAAUCCUUGAGGCCGGAGCAAAUUAUAGCGAUACACAUCGACAACGGGUUCUUGAGAAAAAACGAGAGCUUUAAGGUAGUCAAUUCUUUGCAACAAGUUGGAUUAAACCUACGGGUAAUUAAUGCAGCCUCGGCAUUUAUGGAGGGUACAACCGUUGUUCCUUUAGACAAAAGUGAGAGCAACUUGAGAACGCGAAUCACCAAAAUGCUAUGUCAAACGACAGAUCCCGAAGAGAAACGAAAGAUCAUCGGUGACGUAUUCGUUAAGAUCACGGACGAAAUUAUUUCCGAACUAAACUUAAAACCCGAAGACGUCCUGCUGGCACAAGGAACACUUAGACCCGAUCUGAUUGAGUCCGCGUCUCAUUUGGUGUCGUCUAAGGCUGAAACAAUUAAGACCCACCAUAAUGACUCGGAUUUAAUAAGGAAGCUACGGGCCGAUGGGCGUAUUGUCGAGCCGUUGAAAGAUUUUCAUAAGGACGAGGUUAGAAUAUUGGGGAAGGAUUUGGGAUUACCUCCCGACUUGGUUAUGAGGCAUCCAUUUCCCGGACCCGGUUUGGGCAUCCGAGUUUUGUGCGCCGAAGAACCGUACAUGGAACGCGACUUCUCCGAAACUCAAGUGCUUGUUAAAAUCAUCGUGGAAUUUGACCAAAUGUUGCAGAAGAAGCACGCGCUCUUAAAUCGAGUGGAGGGUGUAACUAGCGACGACGAAAGAAUGACUUUACGUAGAAUAUCAAGUAAACAGAAAUUAUCGGCGACUCUAUUGCCUAUACGUAGUGUAGGGGUGCAAGGAGACUGUCGUACGUAUAGUUAUGUAGUGGGUAUCUCUAGUGAACACGAUCCGGACUGGAACGAUUUAAUGUUCCUCUCUCGCCUUAUUCCAAGAAUAUGUCAUAAUAUUAAUAGAGUGUGUUAUAUUUUUGGUGGACUUGUUAAGGAAAUUAUACCCGAUCUUACACCUACGCAUUUAACAUGUCAAGUGUUGAGCACCUUGAGGCAAGCGGAUGACUUGGCAAUGGGGGUAAUGCAGAGUAAAGGUUAUAGUGGAUCAAUUAGUCAAAUGCCUGUAAUUCUUCUACCGAUUCAUUUUGAUAGGGACCAGACCCUUAGAAUACCAUCUUGCCAACGUUCUAUAGUACUGCGACCGUUUUGCACGCAAGAUUUUAUGACCGGCGUACCCGCCACGCCUGGUGUACAGUUUCCCAUAGACGUUUUGCAGCGGAUUGUCACGGAAGUUUCACAAGUGUCGGGUAUUUCUAGAGUACUGUACGAUUUAACUUCAAAACCUCCAGGCACAACAGAGUGGGAAUGAUAAAAUGUUAUUCAGCACGCUUCUCCUUUUCGGAUUGUGUGAAAUUGUUAUUAAAUAGAAUGGACCGAUUUUAAAGUAAUAUUGUUUAUUGCAAUUUGUUAAUAUAUCAUUGUUGAUAUUUACUGCAGGAACCGAAAAAUUUUACGUAUUCAUAGUAUGAGUUAACUUAUUGAAUUACAGCAAAAAAAAAGAUGUAGAAAAUUUUUCAACAUUGUAAUAUUUAUGUUAAAUAUUAAUUUUCAGAUGAA